GUUAACGGUACCAAUGUAUCUACAAUGUCCCAUGAAUCCGUGGUUCAACUUAUCCGAAGCUCCGGUGAGACAUUGGGAAUGAAAGUGAUCACAGUACCGAAUACAUAUAAUCCGUCCAUGUCCUCGAUGAUCUCGUUGAAUCAAACUCAAGGCAUGGGUACGAUCCGACAAUCAGACAACCAUGCUCAUUUGAGAUCAACACUGAAUGAUUUAUCGGAUGCACCGGACAACUCCAGUGUCUAUUCGGCUUCCACGAAUGGGACAAUGCGACCCGGCAAUUUGGGAGAACGUAACCGACUGCGUUUGGCAAAUGAACCCGUGUUUCUGCGCAGUUUAUCAAAUCCUGACGAUUCAAAGUCCUCCGUAGACGGCAAACAUCGUUCCUCUAUAAAUCCUAAUGCGACAACUUCGAGUACCCAACCCCCGCCACCGCCACCACCACCACCUCUUCCCUCCUCUUUAUCAGUACCUGCUAGAUCACCAGUUUUGGGAACAGCAGCAACAUCAAAACCCCCACCCCCACCUCCUUUAUUACCAGUGGGUUCCUCGUCUGUCAUUACUAAUACAGACACUGAGGCAAAGCUUCAUUCUCCUGUUCGUAAAAAAGCAGAGGAUGUGUUUGAAGAAGAUCUCCCACUUCCUCCACCCCCAGAUUUGGGUAACACUUCACUUAGUCCACAAUCUGCUGGAAAUACCUGCCCCCUUAUGCAGAGUGUACUGAAUCGUUUCAACCACGCUGAGUCAGAGGGGUUGGGGUCGUUUGCAGAUCAUCUACGUGAAGCGGUAGAGCGUCGCAGACGAAAAAUUGAAAUGAACUUUUCCGAAGAAGACGAAUUCGACGAGGAUGACACAUCUCGUUCCACGUGUGGCAAACCGCCCAGAGCACAAAGCACCCUCUACUCUACCACACCUCAUCAAUCUAUGGGUUUAACACCAUCCAAAUCAAUUAGAACAGUGGAGGUGUCCAGUCCAAAUCGUGUAGCGAAUCGUGUAACAGCCAUUUCAAGUCCAGUGGAAGAGAAUUCAUUUAGAGCAGCGGCGGAAAAAUUUCAUGCCAAAGCCCUGGCUCGAACGUUAGGUAUGACAAGCACAAUACCACCCCCGGACAACUUCAAGGACACCAUCACUCCGCAACCAACUUCACCUAAACCGCCAGUAGCCCCAGCCAAGCCUCCAAUCGCAUCGAGCGCGGAUGGACCCAAGUAUGCCGGUUCCACCUUGGGCCGUAUCAACGGGGCCUCGAAAUUAUUUUUUGCAUAUGGAAUGAAUAGUCAACAGAAUGGACAAUCGUUAAACGGAAAUAAUGGCUUUCAUGGUAUAAACAGCUUGCGUGCCAAUUUUGAAAAACCAUCAACUGGGUCAUCAUCUAUUCCACCACCUCCACCAAUCUCAACCCGAUCACCGUCCAGUUUCAAAAGUGGACUAUAG